AUGGUUUCCUUAUAUGACGUGGGCACUCGUUGUUGGUAUCCAGAUGAGAAACUAGGCUGGGUAGGAACAACGGUUAAAUCAAAUACCCAAGACAAUAAUAAAUAUAUUAUAGAACUUACAUUAGAGGAUGAUGAAUCUCAGAUAUUCACUAUUGAAACCGAGAAUUUGUCAGAAGAUAAUCCAGAAUUACCUCCUUUACGAAAUCCUCCAAUUUUAGAAGCUGCUGAAGAUUUGACAAGUUUAUCAUAUUUGAAUGAACCUGCCGUUUUACAAGCCAUCAAGUUAAGAUAUUCACAGUUAAACAUUUAUACUUAUUCCGGUAUUGUUUUGAUUGCUACUAAUCCUUUCCAAAGAGUUGAUCAAUACUAUUCUCAUGAUAUAGUUCAAGCUUAUUCUGGCAAGAGAAGAGGUGAAUUAGAUCCCCAUCUUUUUGCUAUCGCUGAAGAAGCAUUUAGAUGUAUGAAGGAUGAUGGCGAAAAUCAAACCAUUGUUGUUAGUGGUGAAUCAGGUGCUGGUAAAACUGUUUCUGCCAAGUAUAUUAUGAGAUAUUUUGCUACUGUCGAAGAAGAUUUCCAAGGAAGUACUAUUGAUCAUAAAGCUGAUAUGUCUGAUGUUGAAAAACAAAUUUUAGCCACAAAUCCAAUUAUGGAAGCUUUCGGUAAUGCUAAAACUACCAGAAAUGAUAAUUCUUCGAGAUUUGGUAAAUAUUUGGAAAUCUUAUUUGAUACCGAUGUUUCCAUUAUUGGGGCAAGAAUUAGAACUUAUUUAUUAGAACGUUCAAGAUUGGUUUUCCAACCACAAUCAGAAAGAAAUUAUCAUAUUUUCUAUCAAUUAUUGGCUGGUAUGUCUGAGGAUGAAAAGCAAACCUUGGGAUUAACCAAACCCGAAGAUUUUAAAUAUACUAAUCAAGGUGGGGCACCACAAAUUGAUGGUGUUGAUGAUGCUGCUGAAUUUUCCAUCACUAGGGAUGCAUUACAAUUGAUUGGAAUUGAUUCAGAUAAACAAUUUGAAAUUUUUAAGAUUUUGGCAGGUCUUUUACAUAUUGGUAACAUUGAUAUCGCUGCUACCAGAAAUGAUGCAUAUUUAUCGGCAGAUGAACCAAACCUUGUCAAGGCUUGUGACUUAUUAGGUAUUGAUGCUAAUGCAUUUGCUAAAUGGUGUGUUAAGAAACAAAUCACCACUAGAUCAGAAAAAAUCAUUAGUAAUUUAAGUCACCAACAGGCCUUGGUUGCUAGGGAUUCCUUCACAAAGUAUAUUUACUCCCUGAUGUUUGAUUGGUUAGUUGAUUAUGUCAAUAACGAUUUAUGCCCAGAUGAAGUAACGGCUAAGAUUAAUUCAUUUAUUGGAGUCUUGGAUAUUUAUGGGUUUGAACAUUUUGAAAAAAAUUCGUUCGAGCAAUUUUGUAUUAAUUAUGCUAAUGAAAAAUUACAACAAGAAUUUAACCAACAUGUGUUCAAAUUAGAACAAGAAGAAUAUAUCAAGGAAGAAAUUGAAUGGUCUUUUAUUGAAUUUAGUGAUAAUCAACCAUGUAUUGACCUUAUUGAAAACAAGUUAGGUAUAUUGGCACUUUUAGAUGAAGAAUCUCGUUUACCUUCUGGUAAUGACCAAUCCUGGAUUGAGAAAAUGUAUCAGAAUUUGAAUAAAGAACCAACCAACAAGGUAUUUAAAAAGCCAAGAUUUGGGCAAUCUAAGUUUAUUGUUAGUCAUUAUGCCUUGGAUGUUUCUUAUGAUAGUGAAGGUUUUAUUGAAAAGAAUAGAGAUACUGUUGGUGAGGGACAUUUGGAUGUUAUGAAGAAUACUACAAAUCCAUUAUUACAGGAUAUUUUGUCCAUUGUUGAAAAGAAUGCCGCUGCUGCUCUUACUGCCAGCGCUUCUUCAGCUGAAUCUGAAAGAUCCAGACCAACCAAGACUGCCAAUAAGAAGAUCACUUUAGGUUCCAUGUUUAAGAAUUCCUUAAUUGAUUUGAUGAAGACCAUACAUUCCACAAAUGUCCAUUACAUUCGAUGCAUCAAGCCCAAUGAACACAAGACGGCAUGGGAAUUUGAUUCUCUUAUGGUUUUAUCUCAAUUGCGGGCUUGUGGGGUUUUAGAAACCAUUCGUAUCUCAUGUGCCGGUUAUCCAAGUAGAUGGACCUAUAGUGAAUUUGCUGAUAGAUAUCAUAUUCUUCUUCCAUCUAAAGAUUGGAUUAAAGUUAUGAGUGGUGAAACAACAAGUGAUGAAGCCAUUAAUGAAUUAUGUAACCAAAUUUUGGACAAGUACAUUGAAGAUAAAUUGAAGUAUCAGUUGGGUAAUUCCAAAAUUUUCUUCAAGGCUGGUAUGUUGGCUCAUUUCGAAAAAUUGAGAUCUGAUAAAUUAUACCAAUCUGCCGUUAUGAUUCAAAAGCAUUUGAGAGGAAGAUAUUACCGUAAGCAAUACAUUAUGACACGUCAAUCUCACAUCAGAUUACAAUCAUUAAUCAGAGGUUACAUGGUUAGAGAUCGGGUUGAAAAGGAACGUCAAUGUAAUGCUGCAACCAAGAUUCAAACUUUGAUUAGAGCUUAUUUGGCAAGAAAGCAGUACGUCAAUACUGUGAAUUCUGUUAUUACUUUACAAAAAUCUAUUCGUGGUUUGCAAGCAAGAAGAAAUUAUCUUUCCUUGCGUACCGAAGCAUCUACAAUUACUAUUCAAAAUGCUUGGAGAGGUUACCAAGAACGUACCAAAUACAACAAGCUCAAGAAGUCUACCGUUGUUGUUCAAUCUGCUAUUAGAAGACAAUAUGCUAUUCGUCAAUUAAAGGAAUUGAAAGUUGAAGCUAAGUCAGUUCAUAAAUUGCAAGAAGUUUCUUAUCAAUUAGAAAAUAAGGUUAUUGAUUUAACUCAAUCCUUAACAAGCAAGAUUCAAGAAAAUAAGAAAUUAUUGGAAGAAAUCGAACAAUUGAAAUCAUUGAUGGUCCAACAUGAUGAAGCUCAAGAAUCGCUCAAGACCAGAGAAUUAGAAUAUCAACAACAAGUUGAUUCUUUGAAUGGUGAACACUUACAAGAGAUCUCUAACUUGAAACAAGAAUUGGCCAAUAUCAACUCCGAAUAUGCAUCCGCUGAAGCUAAGAUCAAGCAAUUAUCUCAAGAACAAGCAGAUUUAAGAGAAGAAGUUCACCGUACCAUUGAAGAAUUGAACAAGGCCAAGGAAGAUUUGGUUAAACGUGAUACAAUUGAAGUUGAUCUCAAGACUCAUAUUGAACAAUUGAAGAGUGAAUUAGCACAAUUACAACUGCAACAACAAGUUUCUAAAUCCAGAAAUGGUUCUGCUGCAGUAAUUAAUAAUCCCAAAACUAGAACUGCAGUUAACAACAAACGGUACAGCAGUGCCAGUGCCUGGAGUACUAACAAUAAUCUUGAUAAUGUCAAUAGACCAGUAUCAGUCAUUGCCGUGUCCAACGAUGAUUAUGCCGAUAUUGAUGAUAUUAAUGAUGAGUUGUUUAGAUUAUUAAGAGAUUCACGUCACUUGCAUAGAGAAAUUGUCGAUGGGUUAUUAAAGGGAUUGAAGAUUCCUGAUGCUAGUAUCGCUGCUGAUUUAACCAGAAAGGAAGUUUUGUUCCCAUCAAGAAUUAUUAUUAUUAUCUUGUCUGAUAUGUGGAGAUUAGGCUUAACUAAAGAAAGCGAAGAAUUCCUUGGUGAAGUAUUACUGUCCAUUCAACAUAUUGUUUCAUUGUUGAAAGAUGAUGAUGUUAUUCCUAAUGGUGCUUUCUGGUUAUCUAAUACCCAUGAGUUAUACUCAUUUGUUUCAUAUGCUCAACAAACCAUUAUUGAUAAUGAUACUUUAUCUCACGAAAUGAGCGAGGAAGAAUUUGAAGAAUAUUUGAAGUUGGUUGCUGUUGUUAAGGAAGAUUUUGAAUCGCUUUCUUAUAAUAUUUAUAACAUGUGGAUGAAGAAGAUGGAAAAGGAAUUGGAAAAGAAAGCAAUUUCAGCAGUUGUUUUAUCACAAAGUUUACCUGGGUUUAUGGCUCCAGAAAACUCACCAUUCUUGUCUAAAGUUUUCUCAUCUGGUACUCAAUAUAAGAUGGAUGAUAUUUUAAGUCUUUUCAACCUGGUUUAUUGGGCAAUGAAGUCUUAUUUCAUUGAACAUGAAGUUAUCAAUGAAGUUAUUAUUGAAUUAUUAAGAUUCCUUGAUGGUUUGUGUUUCAAUGAUUUAAUAAUGAGAAGAAAUUUCUUAUCUUGGAAACGUGGUUUACAAUUAAAUUACAAUGUUACCAGAUUAGAAGAAUGGUGUAAAUCUCAUGAGAUUCAAGAAGGAUCAGUUUAUCUUUCCCAUUUAUUACAAGCUGCAAAAUUAUUACAGUUAAGAAAGAAUACCCCUGAAGAUAUUGGUAUCAUUUAUGAGAUUUGUUAUACAUUGAAGCCAAUUCAGAUUCAAAAAUUAAUUUCCCAAUAUCUUGUUGCUGAUUAUGAAACUCCAAUUGCUCCAAAUGUAUUGCAAUUGGUUGCUGAUAGAGUUCGUGAAUCCAAUGGCAACUCUGAUGAAUUAUUUGAAAUGGUUAAUACCGAUGGUCAUUUCAAUGAUCCAUUUAGAACGAUUGAUUUGAGACCAUUUUCAAGAGUUGAAGCUUAUGUUCCUGCAUGGUUGAAUUUACCAGUUAUCAGACGAAUAGUUGAACUUGUGGCUAAGAAUGCUUCUGUACAGGAGACUCAAAGUUUGCAACAACAACUCGAAGAAGAAGAUGAGUAUCACGAACAACCACAAACUGUGAUGGUUAACAGCAGUUAA